AUGCCAGAACUUAGUGAUGUAUUUAAUACUCUACUCGAUAUAUCUAUGAUCGUUGGUCCUGUAUUAGGAUACUUUGAUCAAAUUAAUAAAUUUCGACAGACUAAAUCAAGUUCAGGAUAUUCAUUAGAUACGACAGGAGUAUUAUUAGUUAGUAGUAUUAUUCGUGUUCACUUUUGGGUUGGGAAAAGGUUUGCAGAAGUACUUCUUUAUCAAAGUUUUUUGAUGAUAGCUGUUCAGCUUGUUUUAUUACAUGAAUUUCUUAAAUAUCGAUUUCCAAUCUCACCAACACCAAAUCGGCGAUGGUUUUGGAAUUGGUACACUUAUAAAUCUUAUUUAAUCUUCUUGAUUACGUUGUCUGGAUUAUUGGGAUUAUUUCAAUUCAUGUUUUAUAAACAAACAUGGUUCGUUGAAACUUUGGGUUUUCUGUCACUCGGAAUCGAAAGUACUGUUCCGAUGCCCCAAGCUUGGGAAAAUUUUAAGAGGCACUCUGUAUCAGGAUUCAGAAUGAGAGCAUUUUUUGGUUUAAGUAAUAAUAGAUCACGAUAUUCAAAUUACAACUCUUUAGAUAAUAUCCCGUAA